UGCAGGGUUCAGGGACACUUUUAAGUACCAUUGUGCAUUUUGAGAUUUACUAAAACCGACAAAUGUUCCUGUGGCGUACGCUUCAACUAAUUUUAACCGAAAGCUUGGAGUUUAUGCUAUACGUGCUCUAGUGCCUGACGCUUUUCUAAAUUGUUUUUCGGUUAUUUGAACAAGCCGUUGAAGUCCAAAGCUAGUUAGCAUGUAAGCUAGCUAAUGGUUUGUCCACAGUGUUUUUUGGAUUGUCUGUCACCUUUUUGUUGUACAGAAACUUAUAAAGACCGACGGCAAAAGUCUGAAAUAUAUUAACUUACGAAACAACGUCUUCUUUCACUAUCGGUGCUUCGCUAACGCUCAUUAGUUAGUCGGCAACACGGAGAAGUAAGUAAACGUUAUGUUCCUAACCACUGACUGAAACAAUAACGUAAAUGCACCGACAUGUACUUGCUUGAAAAAGUUUGAUAGCGUCAUGUAUGGCUGCAUACCAUAUUUUAAGAUUUGCUCACCUACUGAAAAAAGGACUGCCCAAGAAACAAGUUUGGACGAAACCAAAUAACACUUCAAUCCUGGUAUCAGCUCAAGUUGUAUUGAUGACUGCGCUGACAGACUUUGAAUCUGUAGCAAAGAGACUCAGGAUUGAAAUCAGUGCCCCUUCAUCUUCUCCCCAAGUCUCAUCUUUAUGUAUUCAGAGCAGAGAUAAUGCAACAGUAGAUCACAAAAGGAGGCAAAACAACACCGACACGAAGAUGGAUAUGCAGCCAAAGACUGGAGCAGAUCAUUUGCGAGGUGUUAAGACAAAACGUUUCCAUCAAAGAAUCGGCCCCAGAUCGCAACAGAAGAUCAGAAAUACUCUUGGACGAUGGUUGGUUAAGCCCCAAAAAAGUACAGCUGAAGUGUGCCAAACCCAAGAGGAUGUAGAGAUCGCGGAUGAUGGUAGCUUUCAAAGCACUUCAGCUCAGGUUCUAGACUGCCAAAAAGCUGAAAAGCAUACUGUAUCUGACUCAGAUGAAGAAACGCAACCUUUGACACCACCAAACCUCGAUGAGGACACUCCUGUGUCACCAGCCUCCAAGGAUCCUGCAAGGAGUGAGCUAAGACAGGCACCUGCCCAAAAUUAUGAUGGAUUAGAGAAAGAGGAAAUGGAGACAUGCUCAGCAAAGGGUUCUGUCAAACAAAAUGCCAAAAUAACAGACUUCUUUUCAGGGAUCUCAUCACCAGAUUUACCUGUGAGACGGGGCAAGUCAGAUAAGUCUCCAGACAAACAGGAUGGAGACAAGGGAAAUACCUCUGCUGCUGUCAAGCCUGAUGUCAAAUGGCUGGGGACGCCAAUUGGUGAGCUGAAGAGAAUGCCUGAAUGUGGCGCACCGCUUCCUCCGCUGAAGGAUAUUCCUGGACAGCACACUGUGAUGAUAAGGACAGACCUUCUUCAGAGUGGUAAAGUUCCUGUUCCAUAUCCUACUAAGUUUAAGGACACCUGGGAUGAUGUCCAUGUCAAGAUGCCCUGUUCCAAUAGUAACCUGUUUCCUGUACAGGAUGAGGAAACACUAGAACUGCAGAAUAGAAGUCGGUGGGAGCUGAUCAAGGAAGCUUUAAACAAGGAAUUUACAAGUCCAUUUGAGUUGAAGAAUGCAAUAUUGAAGUACAAUUCCUCCCAGGCCAAGAAAUGGGACUUCACUGCACUAUGUUUGUACUGCACUAAGGUCCUGGAGCCUGAUGCUGCCGAACAUCUGUUUGACUCCCUACUGCCAGACAUGGUGCAAUUAGCCCUGAGAGCAUCUGAGCUCUGUACCAAGCCGAUCCCCCUCCUCAAGGAAGGCAUGAACCACUCCAUCACCAUGUCUCAGGAGCAGGUGGCAUGUCUACUCGCCAACGCCUUCUUCUGUACCUUCCCCAGACGCAACUCCAGGAAGACAGAGUACUACAACUACCCAGACAUCAACUUCUUCAGGCUGUUUGAGGGGAGCUCUUCAAGGAAGAUUGAGAAGCUGAAAACCCUGAUGUGCUAUUUCAAAAGUGUCACUGAGCAAAAGCCCACUGGACUUGUAACAUUCAUACGGAAAAGCUUGGAUGAACCUCUGAAUUGGAAAAGCUCACAGACUCAGCUCACAAAGCUCCACAUUACUUGUGAAGGGACCAUUGAAGAUGAUGGCUAUGGAAUGCUUCAGGUGGAUUUUGCCAAUCAGUUUGUGGGAGGAGGAGUCACCAGCUCCGGUCUCGUCCAAGAGGAAAUCCGUUUUCUGAUCAACCCCGAGCUCAUCGUUUCUCGCCUCUUCACUGAAGCCCUGGAUGAUAAUGAAUGUCUGAUUAUCACAGGUACGCAGCAGUAUAGUAAAUACACAGGCUAUUCGCAGACCUACCAGUGGGAUGGCAGCCUCCAGGACACAACUCCAAGGGAUGGCUGGCAGAGAAGAUGCACAGAGAUUGUGGCCAUCGAUGCGCUGCAGUUCAAGAACUUUCUUGAGCAGUUUCACCCAAUGAGACUCAACCGGGAGCUUAACAAGGCUUACUGCGGCUUUGCUCGCCCUGAAGAACAAAGCCAAAACCUUGCAGCAGUGGCUACUGGGAACUGGGGCUGCGGGGUUUUUGGAGGUGACACACGUCUGAAAGCUCUGCUCCAGAUGCUGGCAGCUGCUGAGGCGGGUCGAGAUGUGGCCUAUUUCACCUUUGGUGACAGCCAGCUCAUGACAGAUGUCCACAAGAUGCACUCGUUCCUAACUCAGAGGAAGAUCAGUGUCGGGGAGGUGUAUGAUCUCUUGGGACAGUAUUACAGCACAGUGUGCAGGAGCUGCCUUGGACGGCGCCCUGACGUCAGCCUCUACUCCUUCAUCUACCAACAGGUCAGCUCCACCCUGGCGCCAGAUGACUCCGACAGGGGCUCGGCCAGACAUCACGUCCCCGCAGACUGCCGUUAAGGUCAGGUGGCUGAUGAGUCACCGUGCCUUAUGCUCGGGAAAACGACACAAAACUGAAUUAAAACAUUCUCCGUCUGCCUUUAGAUGAAUUUUUUAGUUUAAUUUUUUCUCAGAAGACAAACAUGAUUAACAGUGGUGGAUUACCCAAAUGUGGACUCUACCACUGGCUGCCGAAAAUGACAACCAGCAUGCAGAUCCCUUUCAAAAACAACUGGACUGCAGAGGGUGAUUAGUUAUGACCCUGUCUGGCACUGUGUUCAUUUUGCUGCUGCUAGUAAUGCGCCGAUGUAUUGAGCUUCAAUACAAUGCAAUUGUGCUUUUAAUGGUGAAGCAAAGGUUGCCAUCCAUCUUCUGAGUUUGUCAUGUUUUCAUUUUUUACACCCACACAUAUCCCGCCUAAUUGAAUUGGCUGUCAGAAAUCAAGUUAAAGGAAAAGAAUAACAAGAGUGGGGUUUGGAAAGCUUGGAGUGGUCUCAGGAAACGGUUUGAUUUAAAGAGCAGUCGGCCUCUUUAGGGAAUAAUCUCUUCUGCAUUCACAGCAGAAUUCUAGUUACAAUCAUUGGUCCAUGAAUACAUUUUUUUGGUUCUUUGCUGUAUGUGACAUACUCCAAAAACCCUGAUGUACUUAAAUAUUAGUUUGAUUGGAUUUUUUUGAAACUGAUUUCAGUGUUAAUCUUUUUUUUUGUAGGCCUUCUUAGUAAUUUCUGCACUUGACUGAAAAGCGAGAUGUUUAUCUGACAGAUUUUGAUUUUCAAACAGCCUAAAUAAAAUCAGUUUAAAUGUGA